AUGAACACACAGGCCUGUGACCGCUGCCGACGUCGCAAAUCCCGAUGCGAUAAAAUCUCACCCUCAUGCGGACCCUGCCGAAAAGUCGGCACUGCAUGCAAGUAUGUCGACCGAGCAAAAGACCGACGGGAGAUGGUUGAAAGACUCCAGCGUCGACUGAAACAGGCCGAAGCCAAUAAUUCAAGAUUGGCUGCUCGACUGGCGCACUCCGAACUAGGAACAUCACCCCAGACGGAGUUCGGACGGGCGUCCGAACCGAGCCCGGAUCCUGAUGUUGACCAAUCUGCCGAAGAUGAAGAUGGAGGACGAGAUCGUGGAGAUGAAGUCAUGGAGGAGGUCUCCUUUCUCUCGCGCCGUGCCGGGGGAGAGCAUCAUUUCCUCGGCUCAGCCAGUGGCAUUCCUUUUGCGAAUUUGGUCAGUACGACUGUCGAAGUGACCUCGAGAAACUGCCAGAAGCGGGCUUCUGGGCCUACAGGUAUCCAAUCGACUCCGAAAUCUUCGGCUCUACCUUUUGAUGCCUUUUUCCUUCCUCCGGAGCGAGUUGCUCGUGAUCUUCACCGUGCAUAUUUCGAAAAUGAUCAUCUUUCGUACCCCUUUCUUCAUCGGGGGACUGCAAUUGAUGCCCUGAAUAGGGCUUAUGCAGACACCCAGUAUCUAGAGAGAGAUAGUUUUGCUGGGUUUGCUUUCGACAUGAUUCUGGCUAUCGCAACGGCGAGUGUGCACAAGUUCGACUUGGAAUCAUUGCCCAACGCUGAGGGUUAUCAACUAAGAGCGGCACAGAGACUCCACAAGGUGUUAGAAAAGGGCAGUAUACAGGCUUUACAAGCUAUCCUAUUGCUUGGGCAAUAUCGUAUGAUCAGCUCUAUCCAAGAUACUUCAAGUAGUAUGUGGCAUAUUGUUGGUAUUGCCUCGAGAAUGUGUUUGGAGCUCGGUCUACACCGCGAGCAGGUCUAUAAAGUACCAAGAGGAACCGGUUCGAGUGACACUUCACAGCAACUUAUCGCUCAUGAAGUACGUCGGCGCUGUUUUUGGUGCGUUGUUGCUAUGGAUAGAGUCGUCAGCAUAACACUAGGAAGACCACUUGCAAUCCAUCUCCAAGAUGCAGACGUUGCCCUGCCUGAUCCGAGUCUGGACGCCAUCGUAAACCACUGCGAGUCCGACACCGACCAGCUACCACCAACAUUCUGCAGAACAGCGCUAUUCGUGCAUAUAGUACGAUAUCGCAUAAUAUGCGGAGAUAUCUUGUCCGCACUUCACAGCGGCUCCACUCGAACCCAGACGGACGAGGUACCGGCUCUUGCAGCACGAGAAAGACUAGCCAACGAACUAGCAACCUGGCGUCGUGAUACGGCAGAUCUUUCUCUCUCAGACGUCGAUUUAUCGAGCACACUACCAGGCGAUAGAUCCAGCUUCCGGACGCGGGAGUGGUACGAGAUCCUCUAUCAUAAUGCCCUCUUGAUGCUAUACAGACCAUCACCAGGUCUUUCGUCAGCAUCGUCGCGAGAUGCAGUAGUCCUACAGACCAUAUUCGUCGCAGCGAAACAAGCUAUAACACUAUAUGCCCAUCUGCACCGUUCCCGACGAAUCAAUUAUACAUGGAUUACGCUGCACUCGGUCUUCAUGGCUGGCCUUUCAUAUGUAUACGCAGUGGGUCGACACUUCCGCUCUCAUAAAUGGAACUUAUCCAAAAAUGCACCCACAGCACUGCUAGAUACCGACCCGACGAUCUUCGAGAUCGUGAAUGACUCAAGAGUGUGUUCGAAUGUCUUGGUCGCCAUAUCGGAGAGGUGGAAUGUUACAAAGAACUGCCAUGAUGUGUUUAAUCGUCUCAGCGAUGCAAUGCUAUCUGAUGCUGUAGAGUAUCAUACCAAACGAUCUGGACCCACGGGAGAUAUGAUGCCGAAUAGCUCAAUCUCGGCUGGUGUCACUGCUAAUCCCACUUUGAGUUAUUGGUCAAUUGAUGAGACAGGACCAGCAUCGCUCGCGGUUGAUUCUGUUCUGCAUGAGUGUUUUGAGGACCUGCAAAGUUUCCAGCCCUAUGGUUGUGGAGACGAUCCCGUUGGACAAUUAUCGCAUGACUGGCUUGGAGAGAUUGGGGGGAUGGGUCUGCAUAUGCCUCCUAUAUGGUAA